AUGGCUGCCAUGCCGACGAUGGUGUUCGAGGCGGGGCCAAUGGAGGUGGCUGUGAAGCACGUGGACAAGAGCAUGAUCCCGAACCUGGCCAAGCCGUUGAUGGUGGUGGCGCCCAAGGAGGCCGGCGCGUACCCCGUCAUCGUCUUCCUCCACGGCUGGAACAUGCUCAACAGCUGGUACGAGCAGCUCCUCACACACGUCGCCUCCCAUGGUUUCAUCGCCGUCGCACCACAGCUCUACUGGAUGGUGUCCGAGCCCGAUGCCGACGACAUAGACGCCACAAAACGAAUCACCAACUGGCUUGCAGAUCAUGACAAGGGGCUCGCCUACGUCCUCAAGGACGUGUUCAAACUUGAGCAUGUCGAGCCUGACCUGACCAAGCUGGCUAUAGCCGGCCACAGCCGAGGCGGCCAGACGGCCUUCGCCGUCGCCCUCGGACUAGGGGACGCCAAGACCAAGCUGGAGCUCAAGUUCUCCGCCCUCAUCAGCGUCGACCCUGUGGCCGGGGUUUCGAGAGCCCAGCAGUUGGAGCCCAAGGUGCUCACUUUUGAACCUGACUGCCUCGACGUGGGGAUGCCGGUGCUGGUCAUGGGGACCGGGCUAGGUCCCAAGCACAUCGGCGGAUUUCCGUGCGCCCCGGUGGGCGUGAACCACGCCGAAUUCUACAGGGAGUGCGCGCCGCCUCGCUACCACCACGUGGUGAAGGACUACGGGCAUCUCGACAUGCUGGAUGACAAUGUGCCCUACAUUAUCAACAACUGCAUGUGCAUGAGGAACCAACACAACACCAAAGACCUUGCUAGGAGGACCAUGGGAGGAGCCAUGGUUGCCUUCCUCAGGGCUAAAUUGCGAAUCGAUGCUCGUGAACUGAUCGCCAUAUAUCGUAACCUUGAGCUCGCGCCGGCUGUCCUGGACCAAGUUGAUGAGUUUCUUCCUUGCUUGGUUGGACGGCCAGAUCCGUCGUCUGUGUGAGAGUUAUAUUACGUG